AUGACUACGACCCGGAUCGAUCCGUGUGGAACAGGAUGCUGCAGUAUAUACCCGUUGCUCGGGUGCACGACACGGCCCCUGUGGGAUUUCUUUGCUACAGAUAUCGACAACGAGAAUGUUCGAACCGCCCGAGAAAAUGUGACAAAUAACGGGCUUGAUGGCCGAAUUCGGGUAUUCAAAACCGAGCGCACGGAUGAUCUCAUUCCUCUAGACACAAAGCUCGGCAUCCAAAGGUAUGUGCUCGACUUUACCAUGUGCAAUCCUCCAUUCUACUCCUCACGCGAAGAAAUGAUAGCUUCAGCAGAGGCCAAGGAACGGCCUCCAUUUUCAGCAUGCACAGGAGACGAGGUCGAGAUGGUCACUGAGGGCGGUGAAAUUGCUUUUGUCUAUCGCAUGAUUGAGGAAAGCCUUCAACUUCGCGAGAGAGUUGUCUGGUACACCUCAAUGCUUGGGAAGCUGAGCAGUGUAUCCGUCAUUGUCGAGAAGCUCAUGGAGCACGGGAACAACAACUACGCGGUAACCGAAUUUGUUCAAGGAAGCAAGACGAAGAGGUGGGCUGUGGCGUGGUCGUGGACUGAUCUCCGUCCGAGUAUGAAAGUAGCCCGAGGCAUCCCUGGCUUCCCGAAACACCUCCUACCAUUUCCCUCCGAGUUCAUGCUCGAAAUCAUGAAUCAAUCGAUCGAUGACAUCGGCGACAAAAUUGACAAAGAACUCAGCAGCCUUCGCAUUCAUUGGACUUGGCGUAAGAAUCUGGCUACCGGCGUCGGAUUCGCAAUGGAGAAUGUUUGGUCCCGUCAAGCUCGCAGAAAGUUGCAGAAUUCGGCUGGUGCUGCGGAUAUGAUGGAAAUUGACGAGGGUGCAGCGGCUCUUGGUUUCAAGGUUCAGCUGAAGCAGGAUAGACUUGAUGAAAAGUGCGUCCGAGUUGUCGUUCGUUGGCUCAAGGGAUUAGAUUCCGUCUUGUUCGAGAGCUUCUGCGGGAUGUUAAAGAGAAAGGUGGAGGGGAGGUGA